AGCAGUGGUCCAACAUGAGCCAGGUUCUGUUCCAGCAGCUGGUUCCGCUGCUGGUGAAGUGCAAAGAGUGCGAGGAGAGGAGAGUAAGUGUGAGAGUGAGCAUUGAACUACAAUCAGUUUCCAAUCCAGUUCACAGAAAGGACUUAGUUAUUCGUCUGACUGAUGAUUCAGAUCCAUUUUUUCUGUAUAACUUGGUUAUAUCUGAGGAGGAUUUUCAGAGUUUAAAAUUUCAGCAAGGUCUUCUGGUGGACUUCUUAGCUUUCCCACAAAAAUUUAUUGAUCUGCUUCAGCAGUGUACUCAAGAAUAUGCCAAAGAAAUUCCAAGGUUUUUGCUACAGUUAGUGUCUCCAUCGGCAAUUUUGGAUAACUCACCUGCCCUUUUAAAUGUAGUAGAGACAAAUCCUUUUAAACAUCUCACACAUCUCUCAUUAAAACUUUUACCUGGAAAUGACGUGGAAAUAAAGAAAUUUCUAGCAGGCUGUUUAAAAUGUAGCAAGGAGGAAAAAUUAUCAUUGACGCAAUCACUUGAUGAUGUUACUAGGCAACUGAACUUUACACAAAAGACAUUGUCAGAAAAAAUUCAAGAAUUAGAUAAAUUACGGAAUGAAUGGGCAUCACAUACAGCCGCAUUGUCAAAUAAGCAUUCUCAAGAAUUGACAAACGAGAAAGAAAAAGCCUUGCAGGCACAAGUUCAAUACCAACAACAGCAUGAACAACAGAAAAAAGAUUUAGAAACCCUCCAUCAGCGAAAUGUCCAACAGCUACAAAACAGGUUGUCUGAGUUAGAGACGGCUAAUAAGGACCUAACUGAAAGGAAAUAUAAAGGAGACUCUACCAUCAGAGAACUUAAAGCAAAAUUGUCUAGUGUUGAAGAGGACCUUCAGCGGACCAAGCAAGAAGUCCUCUCUCUGAGAAGAGAGAAUUCUGCAUUGGAUGCUGAAUGCCAUGAAAAAGAGAAACAUAUUAAUCAGCUACAAACAAAGGUGGCAGUUUUAGAACAGGAAAUCAAGGAUAAGGACCAGCUUGUGUUAAGAACAAAAGAAGCAUUUGAUACAAUUCAGGAACAAAAGGUGGUUUUAGAAGAAAAUGGUGAGAAAAAUCAGAUGCAACUAGGAAAACUUGAAGCUACAAUAAAAUCAUUAUCAGCAGAACUUCUUAAGGCAAAUGAAAUUAUCAAGAAGUUACAAGGGGAUAUGAAAAGUCUAGUGGGUAAGUUGAAACUGAAAAACACAGUUACUAUUCAACAAGAGAAACUCUUGGCUGAGAAGGAAGAAAAGUUACAAAAGGAACAAAAAGAAUUACAAGACGUUGGACAGUCUCUCCGACUUAAAGAACAAGAGGUAUGCAAAUUACAAGAGCAGUUAGAAGCUACAGUUGAAAAACUUGAAGAGAGCAAACAGCUUCUAAAAAAUAAUGAAAAGUUAAUCACAUGGUUAAAUAAAGAACUAAAUGAGAAUCAGUUAGUGAGAAAGCAAGAUGUUCUAGGACCUGCUACCACUCCAUCUCUACAUCCUGCUGGCAACACAAUCAGAAGUGGAAUUUCUACUAACCCCAAUAUGGUUGAUGGUCGACUCACUUACCCAGCUUGUGGGAUAGGCUAUCCUGUGUCCUCGGCAUUUGCAUUCCAGAAUACCUUUCCUCACCCUAUAGCUGCAAAGAAUGCCAUCCACCCAGCUUCUGGACCAAAGGUCCAGUUUAACUUGCAGUUUGCAAAACCAAAUGCAUCACCAGAGAUCCAUCCAGGAACAGCUCUUAGUGUGCCUGGCUCAGGCGAUAAGGAAAAUGGUGAAAGUUCAGGGCUGGAACCUAAGUAUCUGAAGAAGAGGGAAGAUAGCAUUCCUUUACGCGGGCUCAGCCAAAAUCUGUUCAGUAAUCCAGAGCACCCCAAAGAAUGCACGCUAGCAGCACUGCAGCCCGCCAAAGCAGCGGGGUUCCCCUCCCCAGCGUCCGCCUACUUUCCCGCUCAGCCACCCAGCAGCUGA